GUGGGGGUGAGGGGAGUGAGGGGGCUGGGUGCUCUGUCUCCGGGUGAAGCUCGCUUUGCGCUGCAGCCCGCGCGGCUCCUCUCACCGCUGCCGCCGCUGCGCGGUUCUCCGGGGCGAAGGUCGUCCAGGCGCUGCAGAAGCGCGGCGUGCCCGUCCGAGCAGAGCGGGACCGGGGGCAGCGGGUACCGGCGCGGGGCCGCGCUGUGGAGCGCGCUGGCAUUCUCAAUAUUUGGAAGCACAGAUGAGAGAACUGAGGCGCAGAAGACUGAGGAUGAGAUUAUUCUACUGCUAAAAAAAGCAAAGUACAGCAUGAUGACUGGGGAGCUAGAAGCUGCUAAUGUUUUUUUGCACAAAGCAGUUCGACUCGCCCACCAGAGCCACAACAAUGAUGCCAUCAUCUACACCUACAGCCUGAUGGCCAACCUGGCUUUCAUCCGAGGCCAGCUGGAUAACGCCGAGAAACUGUUCAAAGCAGCCAUGAGCUUCUUGCUGUCCGGAGGAACGCCACAGGAUGAUAAUGCUGUUAUUGAAAUGUCUCUGAAGCUGGCCAGCAUCUACGCCACACAGAAUAAGAACGAGUUGGCAGAGCACGGCUUCCAGUUCUGCACAGAGUCACUGGAGGCCAAGAUAGAAAAGCAUAAGGAACUUCCCCCUGAUGCUCUAUCAGAAGAGGAACGGAAGGACACUCGGCUGCUGUUGGGGCUCACUCUGGACGCCAGGGCACGAUACUUGGCAGCUUCACACCGUCUGGCUGGAGCGUGCAGGGACUACCGGCUUGCUCUGCAGAUCUGCCAGGAGGAACAGGGGGAGAGCCAUCCUCAGACGCUGGUCCUGAUGAGUGAUUUGGCCACAGUGUUGGACCUGCAAGGGAAGCAUGAUGAGGCUUUGGCUCAGGUGCAGAAGGCUGUGGAUCUGGGCCAGGCAGCGGGACACCCUGAACAACACAUACUGCUGGGAAACAUGGCAGGAAUUCUUAUGCACAAAGGUGCGUUUGAGGAGUCUGUUAAGCUGUAUAAAGAGGCUCUGACGCUGGCGCAGGCAGCUGGCGAUGCUGAGGCAGUGGAGCAGAUUGAAGAAGGACUAAAGGAGCUGAAGAAGAGGGAAGAGAAACAGAGCACAAACACUAAAGAAGACCCUCUGUCUAAGUAGUGACCUGUGUUAAAGCCAAUUUAUAUUUCUGUGUUGAACCUAGGCGUACCCUACACCAUAACCUACGUGUACUCACAUACUCAACACCAUAGCUGCUGCUGUGAUUGGUCCACUGAGCCUUGUGUUCGCCAAACACGCGUUCCGGCUUUCACAGCUUCAACACAUGAAUGCUCUAAUAUAUAAACCAGAACAGCAGCGUAGGGUAACGCAUUGGCUUGAUGCAGAAGAAUAAAUUAGUCUUUAUUAUCUACACACUGGGAAUGCACUCUGUCCAAGUAUUCUGUAGAGGAACUACAGGACUGUCUGAUCCUUUGUCAUCUUCCAUUUUCGUCCACUGUGGAAUUUUUUUAAGCACAUCCGUACAAACUGCAUUGCACUGGAUUUUUACAAAGGGGAUUAAUUGGGAACGAUGAUCUAAGAUCAUUUUUAAACCAGUGUGUCUAAUGCUGUUGUCACAAAUGGUUCUGUUGGAACAGCUGACUCAGGAAAGACUAAGAACAGUGUUGGAGAGAAGUCUUUCAUUCCCUGCAUGACCUGCUCCUCACGUCCGCCGGGUGUCCAGAGGGAGGGAUCAAAGGACAUCUGUGAGGCCUGUGGGUCAUCAGCACUCCUCUCUGUGGUUCUCCUCUGUGUUUGAUGUGUCGAGUGAUGUGAUAAACCUGCAAAAACUCAAAUUUGUGUGCUGUUAUUUUUAGCAGCCAUAUUUCAGAUUCAUAUUUAUGAUAAAAAACAGAUCUACAAUACCAUUUUAAUCUAAUCUGAUCAGUGUGUUUUCAGACAUAAUACGGCUUCACAGUUAUUAAUUUAUGCGCAUGAUGUGACUAUGAAGACUGUGGUUUUGUAUUUUGUGUUCCAUAUUUAAAUUUAAUGUUCUGUAUUUAAUUUUGAUGUUCUGUAUUUAAUUAUGAUCCAUCUCACUUAUCAUUUGUCAAGCAGUUACAAUAAAUUUUGGAGUUUUGCAUAUGGAUACUGUAAUCUUUAAUGCACAUGCAGUGGCCUACAUUAUUCUCUUUACCUGUUAAAAAUAUAGUUUUAUGCCCAGAAGUAUUUUAUUUUUUUUAUUAGUUGUGGGAGUGUUUUUUCUAUGUGCCUGUGUGCCAUGUUUGUCACAGUAAACAGAAGAACUGAAAACAUUA